AUGAAAUCAACAAAUCGCCAUAGAAAGCAAAGGCCACCUUCAUCACCUAAAUGUCAAAAACGAGGUCGAUCUCAGUCCAUCACAGACACAAUCAGCGAGAAAUUUAAGGCAAUAGAACAAGCAGACUCAACGGGAUUUCUGCAAUACGUGGAUGAUCAGGUCCAUGACACUUGGGAUAACGCAAAGGCAGCCAUGGUGGGAGCACAGAGACUACUGCAAUUCCAUGAACUGCCUAGAGAGUGGCAAGAGAAUGAAUAUGUAUUGACUGGGUACCGAUUCUAUCAGAGCAGCAAUGCAUGCCUUCGAUCCAUCUUCAUGCUUCACAAUGAAACCAUGAACAUUUGGAGCCAUUUGCUUGGCUUUAUAUUCAUGAGCUGUCUCAGCAUCUACGGAUUUAAUAGCCAUUUUCCAGAUGCAACAUUCAACGAUCGAACCGUAUUCAUGACGUUUUGCAUAGCAGCAUUGAAAUGCUUGUUCUGCUCAUCAAUAUACCACACAUUCAUAUGCCAUUCGCAUCGACAGGUGAAAUCAUUUACAGCCACACUGGACUAUAUGGGGAUAUCAUUCCUGAUUACUGCAUCCGUUCUCGUGACAGAAUACUACGGAUAUUAUUGUAGACCCAUGAUGAAGAGUCGGUAUAUGGUAUUCACUACGAUUGUGGGGAGUAUUGGUGUGUUGGCACCCUUUUUACCGAAAUGGGACACAAAAGCGCUGCGUCCGCUCCGCAUUGCCGUGUUUGUGUCGAUGGCCGUAUCGAGUGCCGUACCUGUGUUUCAUUUGGCCUAUCUCAAUGGAUUCAAAUCGACAUGGCACUUUUUUGAAUUGGCUGCAGUGAGUGUUGCCAUGUAUAUCCUUGGUGUCAUUGUUUAUGCAAACAGGUUUCCUGAGAAAUUCUUUCCAGGAAGGUUUGAUUUCGCUGGUCUAACAAGUCAUGCUAUCUGGCAUGUAUUUGUAUGCUUGGGUAUAUUUUUCCACUACCUGGCGUCCUUGCGCUUCUACGCCAAUAGAUAUACAUACGGCUGUAACAUGAUAUCCAGAAAUUAA